GGGGUUGUGUUUGUUCCAGAAUGUCUGGCAGAGGAAAGACCGGUGGUAAGGCCCGCGCCAAGGCUAAGACUCGUUCUUCACGGGCUGGUUUGCAGUUCCCCGUCGGUCGUGUUCACAGGCUUCUAAGGAAAGGCAACUAUGCCGAACGUGUGGGCGCUGGUGCACCCGUGUACUUGGCUGCUGUGCUCGAGUAUCUGACCGCUGAAAUUCUCGAGUUGGCAGGCAAUGCUGCUCGCGACAACAAGAAGACCAGAAUCAUUCCUCGUCAUCUGCAGCUGGCAGUACGUAAUGACGAAGAGCUCAAUAAGUUGCUGGGUGGUGUGACUAUCGCUCAGGGUGGCGUGUUGCCGAACAUUCAGGCCGUACUUCUGCCCAAAAAGACCGAGAAACCCGCUAAGAGCAAAUAAAUUGCUGAGGUGACCCUUUUCUAAACAUCAAC